AUGGGCCAAUCUCUUUACCUUCUUUCAAUCGCUCUGUAUCUGUCUAGCAGCUGGGCUGCUCCUCAGUUCAGCAGUGGGCUCCCAAGCGGACGUCCAACCGACUUCCCCACGGGCAUUCCCACGCCUGGUCCGCCUCCUACUGGCCGUCCCACGGGCAUCCCGAGCGGUAUUCCCAGUGGUGUCCCGAGCGGUAUCCCAAGCGGCGUUCCCAAUCCUGAUCUUGAGGUACGCCAGGUACCAACACCAACUGGUAUCCCAACCGGUUGGCCCACUGGUAUUCCAACAGACUGGCCAACCGACUUCCCAACUGGUUUCCCAACCGGCUGGCCAACUGAAAUUCCUACUGGCUUCCCAACCGGUAGACCUACCCCGAGCGGCAUCCCUAGUGGUAUUCCAAGCGGCGCUCCUACCCCUGAUCUUGAAGAACGCCAGGUACCAACACCAACUGGUAUCCCAACCGGUUGGCCCACUGGCAUUCCAACAGACUGGCCAACCGGCUUUCCAACUGGCUGGCCUACUGGCUGGCCAACUGGAAUUCCUACGGGCUGGCCAACUGGUAUUCCUACUGGCUGGCCCACUGGCCCCAUCCCUACUCCCUCCGGGCCUGGCGGGCCUCCCACCAGCCGCCCUACUGGACCAAUCCCCACUCCCAGCGGCAUUCCCGGGGGCCCCUCCAACGUCGAUGAUCUGAAUGCCCUGGCUGCUGCUCUUACUAGUGGGCCUGGUGGCCCAGUGCACACUCCUCGCCCUUCUCACACUGGUCCUCCCCCUUCAAUCUCUCACUCUAGCCGUCCUGUCCCUACUCCUGGCCCUCCCCCAUCAUCGGGCUUCCACACCCGCACCCGAACUGCGACCCUAUAG